AGAACACGUCAAAACGCAGGUUCCGACGCGCGCAGAUGUACAUAUCGUUGGAUAUAUUGCUCACUCGCAUGGGAUAAAUCUAUAUUUUGCAUCCUGCAAGUUUAACUAGGAAUAAUCUGACCACUGGAAUGGACGGUAAUUUGACUAAGAAUGUAGUUGCCUGCAGGACACCAGGUGGGAUGAAUUUGGACAGAAGUUCUGAGGCUGUGAGUCCGCCACCGACGCGGAACGUGCCCCACGCCUUUCACCGGCCGAAAGCAGCCACUGGCACACCAGAAGCAGAGAAUUGCAGCAGCGAAUCAUCUGAUACUGAAUUAUCAGAAAAGGAGAGGAAAGUCGCACAGCGAUGUGAUGAUUCGGCCGCUGAAGAUGCUAAAAAGAAAAAACAGCGGCGGCAAAGGACACAUUUCACAAGUCAACAGCUCCAGGAACUCGAGGGCACUUUUCAGCGGAACCGGUAUCCCGAUAUGAGCACGAGGGAGGAAAUAGCAGUGUGGACUAACCUAACCGAGGCCAGAGUUAGGGUCUGGUUUAAGAAUCGAAGAGCGAAGUGGAGGAAACGCGAGCGCAACCAGCAGAUUGACAUGUGUAAAAACGGUUAUCUGCCCCCGUUCAGCGGCUUGAUGCAGCCGUAUGACGAGGUGUAUCCGGCCUACACCUACAACAACUGGACAAAUAAAGGGCUCGCUCCAGCACCUCUGUCCAGCAAGAACUUCACCUUCUUCAACUCCAUGAACCCACUCAGCUCCCAGUCCAUGUUCUCGGCUGCAAACUCUCUCCCCGCUAUAAAUAUGCCGUCCAGCAUGAACCAUUCCGCUGUUCCCGGGAUGCCAGCCUCAGCUCUGAACAACAUUAACAAUCUGAACAGCAUCAGCAGUCCUUCCCUCAGUCCGGCCAUGUCCUCACCUGCCUGUCCUUAUGGAGCAACCGGCUCGCCGUACAGUGUUUGCAGAGACGCUUGCAGUUCUAGUUUGGCCUCACUAAGACUGAAAUCUAAGCAGCACCCUGCUUUUGGAUACGGCGGACUGCAAAGCCCUGGUCCUGCUGUCAACGCCUGUCAGUUCAACAGCUGACAAGAGAAGCAUUUUGUAUAUGAGACGCAGUACUUAUGUUAAACGUGCACUAUGUUUAUGCCUUAUUUUUUUUGUAUUUCAUCGUGGUGGGACAAUUGUCAGCAUAGGGAUUAACUGACACAGGAAGAAUUACGAAAACAUGUAUCCAGUGAACCCAAUUAAAGAAUAACCGAGAUGAAAGUUUAUAGCAAAUAUUAACGUGUCGGAAUAGUACCUACAUCAGUGUUUACAGAGACCGCCAUCGAUUAUACAUUGAACAACUUAAGCUAAAUAUGGUAAGAAUUCAAUGCUUUUGAGUGUUCAUUUUAUAUUUAAACAAUUUGAAUUCCUUAUAUGCUCAACGCAUUUGCCACGAAUUUAUACAAACCUGAAAAAAAGAACAGUCGGUUGUAUAUGACUUUAUAAGUUAGAAAUUUAGAUAAACUACAAUAAAUUAAUGUGAAUUAAAGACAUUUCAAAUUUAGAUCUAGAUUUUCCUGCAGCUCCCGUUUUAUUCUCCGCGACAGAACAUUUCUGCAGGUCGCUCGUCUCCGAUGCGGCUCCCGGCUUUGGUCCCGCUGCAGAAUCGCGUUCCUGUUUACAAGCGACGAUAAUCGACGAAGCGAAUACGUACUUUAUCUGGAAUGUUGUAGCAAUUUAUCUACAAUAAUCAACUGAACUUACGAAAACUUUGUAUUAAAGGCAAAAUAAGGCGCACUCAGAUUCACCAAAAUAAACUUGAAAUAAA